AUGUUAAAAAAAUCAUUAUUUAUUUAUUUAUUUAUUUUUUUUAAUUUUAUAAUUAAAAUAACGACAGCAGCAACAAGUGUAACAUAUUAUGUUAGUGUUAAUAAUGGUAAUGAUAAUAUACCAUGUGGAGAGAGUUUAGAAAAGUCAUGUCAAUCAAUUCAAUAUGUAUUUAAUCAAUAUAAUUCAACCUAUUUAAAUAGUCAAGAUAUUAUUGAAGUUAUGAUAUUAUUAGAUGAUGGUGAAUAUAUUGGUGAAAAUAAUGUGAAUUUUAAUAUUUACAAUAUGACAAUCACUAUUCAACCAAUUAAUAAUUCAAAAACACCGUCACCAGUAACAUUCAAUGGUAUUAACAGUGCCGGUGAUAGAGUUUUUAAUAUCACUGAACCAUAUUUAAUUAAAACCAAUGAAACAACGAUUCAAUAUGGCAUAAAUUCAACAUCAUUAACAUUAAAUAAUUUAAAUUUCAUUAAUUUCAAUCCAACUAUUGGUAAUGGUAAUGGUACCAUUGGAAAUGGUGCAAUCAUAUUCAUUGAUAUAUUCAACUCAUCAUUAUCUUUAUCAAUUAAUAAAUGUAAUUUUAAUAAUAAUCAAGGUAAUAAAGGUGGUGUGAUUUAUAUGGAGUCUGAAUUUUAUAGUGAUGGCAAUAACCUUGUUGAAAUUAGUAUAAAGAGUUCACAAUUUACAAAUAACAAUGCAACUAUAUCAGGUGGUGUUGCUUAUUUGGAUGGAUUUAAUGAUAUUUAUAUUGACACUUGUUUAUUUGAUAAUUCAUAUUCACCAGUGUCUGGUACCUCAACAUUAUUCAUAUCAAAUGGUGAAUUUAUUGAAAUUAGAAGAUCAAAUUUCACAAGAAAUCAAAUUGCAUCAACUGUUGAAUUAUUUGGAAUUCAAUAUAAGAAUGGAUCAAUGGUAAAGGAUUGCUUGUUUGAUGGUAAUGUUGUCAAUGGUAAAGGUGGUGCAAUUUCAAUGUACCUAAGUUGGUUAUCUGUUGAUGGCACAUUAUUUAAUAAUAACUAUGCUGGUGCAAUUGGUGGUGCGAUCUUUGCUACUGGCGUAUCAAGUUAUUUACUUGUUGCAAAUUCAAAAUUCAUUGAUAAUAAAUCAAGUGGUGCUGGUGGCGCUAUUGCAACUCAAGGUAGUGUUUACACGAGUUUAAACAAUUGUGAAUUCAUUUCAAAUUCUGCAAAUGCCGGUGGUUCAUUAUCUUUUGAAUAUUCAAAUCAAAUUCAUUUAAGAAAUUGUACAAUCAGUGGAAAUGUUGGUGUUGGUCAAGGUGGUGCAAUCUAUUCAUCCUAUUCAACGAUUUCAAUGGAUGAUACUAAAAUUAGUGCCAAUCAAGCUUACCAAGGUGGUGCUGUCUAUUGCUCCGCUUCAACUUUAAAUAUUACCAGUUCAAAUAUCCCAUUGAAUGGUAAUACCGAUCUUGGCAAUGGUACAGACUCUUAUGAAUGGAAAGGUGAGGAUGGUAUAAAAGUCAAUGAUUAUGGUAUUUAUUGUGCUCUAACUCCAACCUAUACCUAUUGUACUGUCAAUGGUGAUACACCUUAUAGUAAACUUUGCGGUGAAUCCGAUGUCACUGAACUUUCAGGUUUAACAGCUGGUCAAAUCGCUGGUAUUGUCAUUGGUUGUACUAUUGGUGCUGGUAUUUUAGCUUUUGGUUUAGCCUGGGUUAUCUCAAAAACAACUAUUAAAGAACAUUUCAUUAGACUAAGAAGCUCUUCAACUUCUAAUACAUCUUAUUCACUAAAUUAA